CCAGGGUUUCGCAAAAAUGAUGAAAUGAAGGCUAUGGAAGUAUUGCCAAUUUUAAAGGAAAAAGUUGCAUACCUUUCAGGUGGCAGAGAUAAGCGUGGAGGUCCCAUUCUAACGUUUCCAGCUCGUAGUAAUCAUGAUAGAAUACGGCAGGAAGACCUUAGAAGACUAAUUUCAUACUUAGCGUGUAUUCCUAGUGAGGAAGUAUGUAAACGAGGAUUCACCGUCAUUGUAGAUAUGCGUGGGUCAAAAUGGGACUCCAUAAAGCCUCUGCUGAAGAUUUUACAGGAAUCGUUUCCAUGUUGUAUUCAUGUUGCACUGAUAAUCAAGCCAGACAAUUUCUGGCAGAAACAGAGGACUAACUUUGGCAGCUCUAAGUUUGAGUUUGAGACAAAUAUGGUGUCUCUGGAAGGCCUUACCAAAGUAGUUGAUCCUUCUCAGCUAACCCCAGAAUUUGAUGGCUGUUUGGAGUACAACCAUGAGGAGUGGAUAGAAAUCAGAGUUGCCUUUGAGGACUACAUUAGCAAUGCAACCCAUAUGCUGUCCAGACUGGAGGAAUUGCAAGAUAUAUUGUCAAAAAAGGAAAUGCCUCAGGACCUGGAAGGUGCUCGCAAUAUGAUAGAGGAGCAUUCACAAUUAAAAAAGAAAGUAAUUAAGGCCCCUAUCGAGGACCUUGAUGUGGAAGGACAAAAGCUGCUCCAACGGAUACAGAGCAGUGAUAGCUUUCCCAAAAAGAACUCUGGGUCAGGGAAUGCAGACUUACAGAACCUUUUACCCAAAGUAUCCACCAUGCUGGACAGGCUGCACUCAACACGGCAGCAUCUGCAUCAGAUGUGGCAUGUGCGGAAACUGAAAUUGGACCAAUGUUUUCAGCUCAGGCUGUUUGAGCAGGAUGCUGAAAAGAUGUUUGACUGGAUCACACACAACAAAGGUCUGUUUCUGAACAGCUACACAGAGAUUGGAACCAGUCACCCCCACGCAAUGGAGCUUCAGACACAGCACAAUCACUUUGCCAUGAACUGUAUGAAUGUGUAUGUAAACAUAAACCGCAUCAUGUCAGUUGCAAAUCGCCUGGUUGAGUCGGGCCAUUAUGCUUCACAGCAAAUAAAACAGAUUGCUAGUCAGUUGGAGCAAGAAUGGAAGGCAUUUGCUGCAGCCUUGGAUGAACGUAGCACGUUACUGGAUAUGUCCUCCAUCUUCCAUCAGAAAGCUGAACAGUACAUGAGCAAUGUGGAUUCAUGGUGUAAAGCCUGUGGUGAGGUGGAGCUUCCCUCAGAACUGCAAGAUUUAGAAGAUGCUAUCCAUCAUCAUCAAGGGAUAUAUGAGCAUAUUACCUUGGCUUACUCUGAGGUGAGCCAAGACGGAAAGUCACUGCUUGACAAACUGCAGAGACCUUUGACUCCUGGGAGUUCUGAUUCCCUCACUGCUUCUGCCAACUACUCAAAAGCCGUUCAUCAUGUUCUGGAUGUCAUCCAUGAAGUACUGCACCACCAGCGCCAACUGGAAAAUAUUUGGCAGCAUCGAAAGGUCCGCUUGCACCAGCGACUUCAGCUAUGCGUUUUUCAACAGGAUGUUCAACAGGUAUUGGAUUGGAUUGAAAACCACGGAGAAGCUUUCCUUAGCAAACAUACUGGAGUGGGAAAAUCCCUUCAUCGGGCUAGAGCUUUGCAGAAACGCCAUGAAGACUUUGAAGAGGUUGCACAGAACACAUAUACCAAUGCAGAUAAGCUCCUAGAAGCAGCUGAACAGCUCGCUCAGACUGGAGAGUGUGACCCAGAAGAAAUUUAUCAAGCCGCCCAUCAGCUCGAAGACCGAAUACAGGAUUUUGUUAGGCGUGUGGAGCAACGCAAGAUCCUGCUGGACAUGUCUGUGUCCUUUCACACUCAUGUUAAAGAGCUGUGGACAUGGCUUGAAGAGCUACAGAAAGAACUGCUUGAUGAUGUCUAUGCUGAGUCUGUGGAGGCUGUCCAAGACCUGAUUAAACGAUUUGGUCAGCAACAACAGACCACUCUUCAGGUUACAGUCAAUGUCAUCAAAGAAGGUGAAGAUCUUAUACAGCAACUAAGGGAUUCUGCCAUUUCUAGUAACAAGACUCCCCAUAACAGCUCCAUCAACCACAUAGAGACAGUCCUGCAGCAGCUGGAUGAGGCACAAUCUCAGAUGGAGGAGCUUUUUCAGGAACGCAAGAUCAAGCUUGAGCUGUUUCUGCAGCUCCGCAUAUUUGAAAGAGAUGCAAUAGAUAUAAUUUCAGACCUCGAGUCUUGGAAUGAUGAGCUCUCUCAACAGAUGAAUGACUUUGACACUGAAGAUCUUACAAUUGCAGAACAGAGGCUCCAGCAUCAUGCAGACAAAGCCCUGACCAUGAAUAACUUGACCUUUGAUGUCAUUCACCAAGGGCAGGAUCUGCUGCAGUAUGUCAAUGAAGUGCAAGCAUCUGGUGUGGAGCUGCUGUGCGACAGGGACGUGGACAUGGCGACGCGGGUGCAGGACCUGCUGGAGUUCCUGCACGAGAAGCAGCAGGAGCUGGACCUGGCGGCCGAGCAGCACCGCAAGCACCUGGAGCAGUGCGUGCAGCUGCGCCACCUGCAGGCCGAGGUCAAGCAGGUUUUGGGCUGGAUCCGAAAUGGAGAGUCAAUGUUAAAUGCUGGGCUCAUCACUGCUAGCUCUUUGCAGGAGGCGGAACAGUUACAGAGGGAGCAUGAGCAGUUUCAACAUGCAAUAGAGAAAACACAUCAAAGUGCCCUGCAGGCAGAGGCAAUGCUGCAGGCUAAUCACUAUGACAUGGAUAUGAUCCGCGAGUGUGCAGAGAAGGUUGCUUCCCAUUGGCAGCAACUGAUGCUGAAGAUGGAGGACCGUCUCAAGCUUGUGAAUGCCUCUGUUGCCUUCUAUAAAACUUCUGAACAGGUGUGCAGUGUGCUGGAAAGCCUGGAGCAAGAAUAUAAGCGAGAAGAAGACUGGUGUGGGGGAGCAGACAAACUGGGUCCCAACUCUGAAACAGAUCACGUUACUCCCAUGAUAAGCAAACAUCUGGAACAGAAGGAGGCGUUCCUAAAGGCUUGCACACUGGCUCGGAGAAAUGCUGAUGUCUUCCUGAAGUACCUGCACAGGAACAGCGUAAACAUGCCGGGGAUGGUGACACACGUCAAAGCACCUGAACAACAAGUCAAAAGUAAGGGGUUUCUUUUUCUUUUUUCCUCCAAAGACCGUGAUCAUCGUGUCUGUGGUGUGUGUGAUGAUGGGGGAGUGAAACCUGCCCAAGUGGAAAGCAUCCUGUCAGACUUAACAGGAAAUAAUUAAAAUUGCUCGCACAC